CUUCACUCACCACCAAGCCAAGUACCCCGCUACACCAACCUGGAUAUAAAUCGGGGUAUUCCACUGCUAAACCUCUUCUCUCCUCCCUUCCACGAAGUUUCGCCAACUCUCCCAUCUCCAACACCCCGCAAACCCGGCACAUUUAGUACCGUACACCCAAUCCAAUACAUUUCAUUCAUCCAAACUCUAAAGCCUCCACCAAAUGUUCACCCCAACUGCCGGCACCACCUCGGCACUUCCCACCCCCCCAAUGGACCGCGUCACCGUGCUCGAGCAGGACCGCUCCCUGCUCAGCCUCAUGACCAUCAUCCGCGACGUGCACACCGACGACCGCGCCUUCGUCUCCGCCGUGGAGAAAGUCGUGCACCGUCUGAUCUCUUCCGCGCUGAACCACGUCCCCGCGGAAGAGUAUACCGUCACCACGCCGCUGGAUACCACGUACAAGGGCCUGCGCUUCACGAAGGGGGUCUGUGGCGUGAGUAUUCUCCGGGCCGGCGCGAGCAUGGAGCAGGUUUUGCGGGAUACGUGGACUGGUCGUCUGAGCUUCGGAAAGCUGCUGAUCCAACGCGACGAGGAGACGAGUAUCGCCAAGAGUUAUUACUCGAAGUUGCCGGUGGGGAUUCGCGAUGAUGUGGUCUUGCUUCUCGAGCCGAUGCUCGCGACCGGAGGCUCGGUCAUCAAGGCGGUGGAGACGCUGACCGAGCAUGGCGUGCCGGAGGAGUCGAUCGUGCUGGUCAAUGUCGUCUCCUCGCGGAAGGGGCUCGAGGUCGUCACCGGCCGGUUCCCCGCCUUGAAGAUCGUGUCGGCCGCGGUGGAUGCGGAUCUGACGGCGCAGAACUAUAUUAGCCCUGGCUUGGGUGACUUCGGGGAUAGAUACUAUGGUACGUGCUGAGUAUGCUUCGAGGUGGGAGGGGGCAAUCGGUGUUUUUGUGGUUGUGGUAGUGCAGUAUCUCUUCCGUGGGCUUUUGGAUUUUGGGUGUUUCUUCUAUGCAUUGUGGGGGGUCGUAGGCUGGAAUUCGGAUAUGUCUUGCAUGCAUGGUUGGAUGGGUUUAGGGUGUAUAUCCAUCGCAUUAGGUGGGGGUCUUUUGAGUCGAACAUUUUUCGCUGGUAUAAUGCAAAGUCCAG